AUGCCAGCAACACCAUUCCAGGUUGAGGCGUGGACAGAGUACGCCAUUGGAACCCUGAUUCUUCUCGCGCGCAUUGCCUGUCGAUGUUCGAUAGUCGGAUUGAACUGGGAGGGGGACGAUUACUUUGCCGUGAUUGCCAUUUUGUUCUGGACCGGAGAGCUGUGGCAAUAUGGCUCGAUUACCGGUAUCAACGACGAGAUAGCCCUCGGCCUGACGCCAGAAGAAACGAGACGAAUUGUCAUCGGCAACAUGCAUGCUCUUCCUCUUUCGGCGAUUGACGAUGACAGGCUUGAUUUACGACAAAAGCAACUUGUUAACAUCACUUCGGGAGUUUGUCUUGCGGGCUAUGUCUCAACAGUCAUCGUAAUGUUGACAAAGUGCUUGCCUAUCCACAAAAACUGGCAAGUAUAUCCUUAUCCAGGAGAUGCUUGCGCCUUGAAUAUUCCAAACUAUCUAGCACUAGUCGUUACCAACGUUACGAAAGUUGUUUGUGCGCUUUGGUUGUGUAUGGGCAUUUUCAUCAUUGUUGCGACACUCUUGCGAUGCAUUCUCUGCUUAAAAGAUGUAUCAUCCAUCAACCUCGGAACUAUCUGGUCCAUCCGAGAGAGUUUCGUCGCCAUCAUCGCCGUAAACGCACCAAUCCUCGGCCCCUGGAUGACCAAGCAGGCUUCCGUUGUUACAAGUCGAGGCUCAAAGAGUAACCAGUCGGGUGGAACAGGCUCGGGUCUCGGAAUCGUCACGAUUGGACAGCAGAGUAACCGUCUCGAGAGACUAGGAAAAGAUGGACGAUCGCACAAGACUGGCUGGACGACAAUUGAUGACGGCAGUGAAGAGCACAUUGUUGGCCAAGAUGCGGGCGCGGCGAGUCGGGAUACGGAGAGCCGAGGUGUCGAGCCUUGA